GCCGCCUCCGACGACCUUGACUACGUGACUGUCGAACGUCCUGGCCCAGUGUCUACUGCUGUCGUGGCUCGGUCAGAUAAGGCAGCCCGGGUUCUCGGUAUCAGGCAUCGCACGGAGAUGGAGCCCAUCCCGGCUUCCAACCGUUCCUCGCUUGCUUCCGCACGUUCUGCGCCUCAGAACGCCGUGGUUACCGCGCCUCCUCCUCCAGCAACAGGGCCAACGUUGCCGCUGGCAUCGCUCUAUGUCGUAUGCGGCCUGCCGAAAAGCCCGCAUACAUGGACUCUCGCAGAUCCGGAUUCCGUGAUGGGAUUGCAUCACAGCGAAGGCGCCGUGGGCAGAUGGUGGAGGCCUGAGGUCCUGGGGAGCACAGUGAGCCCGGGUGCUGGCGGUGGCAAGCGAAAGAAGAAGGGCAAGAGCGAGGAGACAAGCACCAUGUUCAGCAGCUCUGGUCACCUCAGCAAGCAGGAAGUGGGCAAGAUGCUCUCGAAAGCACUGAAGCUCUCCUUCCCUCGCGAAGUGGAGAUCAUCGCAUCUACCCUUCAACCCGCUUCAACGGUGCAUACCUUCACUUUCACGCUCCCUGCGCCAUCAACACCGCUCAACCCAUCCGCAUCUACCGAUCUUCUACGCGCCUCCGUCCUCACCGCGAACACUGAUCAUCAUUCUUCCAUUGUCUCUUUCCCUUACGACGAUCCGCUCGCGCGUGCACGCCCUUCCUCCGCAUAUCUUGGUCCUGCCUUCGCCGGAUCCCCCGCACAUGGCGCCGCAGGGCGCGUUCCUGACCUCAGCGCAAGCGCGAAGUUGACACCCAGCAGCCAGAUUACGUAUCACGGCGUGUGCCUCACCGUGUGGUCGCACGCGGACGCGGAGCGCACCGCAGCAAUACGGCGUGCGCUUGAGGCGAGCCGCUCGCGCAAGGAGAGCGGACAGAGUAGCCUCGUCGCUGCGCGCAUGAAGGGACGGCUCGGCUCGGACGCGGGCAGCACGAACGACCCGCCGGCUCAGGCGCGGCGCCGGGCGAAGCUGAGCGCGCGGGGCCCUUGGGGAGCGGGCACGGAUGUGGACACGGAUGGUGAGACCGACGGUGAGGGCGGAGGCGUGAGUGAGAGCGACUUCGAUGUGGCGAGCACGGUCGGACACGGGCCUGGAGAGAGUACGCUGUUCUUGCCAGGGGAUACAGUCUUCUGGCUACCAUAUGCAUUGACGCUGGUAUCGCGAUACCCCAUCUAUGAUCUGAUGCGAGACUAUUUGACUCUUUCCUGGGCCCGUUUCUCCAAGGAUGUCCAGUCGCACACGCUGCAGAUUAGCAAGAUUCUCUCGCAUCCUGCCCCGCGGCCUGGCGAACUCGUGCACCUCGAUGCUUCGGCGUCUAGUCAGCAUUCGUCGAGCCCAGGCGUCGAGACCAGCUUGGAAGUCGUCGCGCGUUUCCCUGGCGGCUUGGACUUUGGGCGCGGAUUGGUCGACGUUAAUUUCACCAUGUGGCCGCUGUUCAAAUGCUUGAAUAUCGAUAAUAUCUUGACUAUAUGCGAGAUCGCCCUUGCACCAACCGGUAGAAUCCUUUUCUUUUCUCGACAUCCUGCCAUCUUGGGUAUUGCGGUACAUACUAUCAAGUAUCUUGUGGAAUUGCGUGGGUGGAAUGGGGUUGCACUCCCAACGGUGCACUCCCGCGAUGCAAAGAUCUACAUUGACGACCCUGGUCCGUGGAUCAUGGGCUUGGCUACUGAGGCACGGUACUGUGUCCGUCCGCCUCCUGAGGUGUGCGCUGUUGACUUAGAUAUCAACUACCUGAACUGCCCGGCACCUCCUGCUGGGAUAGUUUCAAUAAAGCAGCAGCGAGAUAGGUACAGGCAGAAGCUAUUGGCUGCGUUCGAACCUCACUAUCACCCUGACCACUGUGUCCCGAGUGAGUUCAAAGAGGCAUUCCCUGCGGGCCGGUUCCGUCCUGUAUGCAAGAUACAGGCGAAACGUGGUGCAGCGUCUACCGCAGUGGCCGAUAUGGUGAAGCCGCCGGACUGGUGGCAUUCGACUAGAAUUAUCCAGGCCUUCGACAGUGUCCUUGCCGACAAGAUGAAGAAGCCUUCGCUGCUCAAGCGUAUAAGCUCCUUCGGAGCAGUCCGCCCGCCUCCUCGGCUGACACCUGCGGAGCAACACAUUCAGCACUCCAUCCGCAAGCGAGCCACCGCCUUCGUUGAUGCUCGGGACGACCUGGAGACCAAGAUUGGGCGGUUGUCACGUCGGUUGAACUUCUUGAUGACGGAGUCGGAUUUGUGGCGGGACAAGUUCGUCACGUUUGAGCAGUAUGCUGAGAAGCUCAGCGUGGAGGCGAGCGACCUCCGGUCGAAGAUCAACAAGGAGCAGAGGGAGACGAAGAGGCUGUCGAGCAUGGUUACGAUGACGACAGCAGAGAAGGCCAAGCUCCAGAGCCAAUUGAGAGAGACCGAAGAUGCACACAAGAAGGCCCUCACGGACCUUGAGAACAUGAAGAAGGAGAUGGAGAGGAUGGAGGAGGAGCGUGCGGAGAUGAUUGCUGAAGUGGAGGCUCAGAUUGAACGGGCGCUCGAAUCCAUGGCCGUUGAAAUGAGUGAUUCGGAAUGCGGCUCUCGGCCUAGCAGUCGUAUGUCCUCUAGAUCUGCGCCAACCACAUACCGCCGGCCUACCGAGCGGACAAGGCCCCUCCGCUCGUUCAGUACGGAGUCAACUCUGGCCGAAUCGUAUGAGGGGCAUGGACGCGAGAGCGUCGAGUAUCACAAACUCUCGAGCAAGGACGCUGUGCCUGAGGUGGACGAGGAAGAGGAGGUCUCGAAGAGGGCGAAGCGGUUUUCGGCCAAUCUCAUGGAUAUGGCUCAGGAUGGGAUGUCUGCGGUGGACGAGGGCAUCAGCCAGAAGAGCGACAAGAUCACUCAGAAGGUGCUAGAGAUUCAGCGCAAGCUUGAGUCAGCACUCGCCGCAGAGGCCCAACGUCGCUCGUCGGAAAGCCAGAUGAGCGAAAGCGACCUUUCGGAAUCCUCAAGGGCUUUUAGAGCUCGUUUAGCGAAGAGCGGCAGGCAUUCUAAAAAGCAUCCUAGAGUCGGCGCCAAGAGAAGCUUUGCUUUGUCGCCUGCUAGGAGCGCUCCGAGCAUCGCAUUCAGUUCUGACUCAUCUCCAUCUUCGAGUCCUCCAGAAGCCAGUCCCAUUGACCAAGCUAUCGCCUCGAAUUCCGGAGUUAUCAAAGCGGAGGGGAAACGCGACCACGAGUCGGUAGACAUUCGCGACCUGCCGUCCCCGACUUUAACCUUGACUGUUGGUCGUCCUGCGUCACCCGCAGUCAUUACCCCGACGACACCAUCAUUGUCGUUCGGUCCUAGCGCUGCCACAGAUGAUGAAGACACAGAUUUCCAAAGCGCCUAUUCGGCGAGUCCCCGGGAUAGUCACGGG